GCAUGAUGUCGAUUAUGAUCGCUUUACUGGUGAAUCUCUUCAUAGAAACCUCUGUGUCAUUGACUUUAGUGGUUCCUGGUGAUCCUGUAGUGGCUCAUGUGGGAUCUACAGUGAUUCUUCCCUGCUGGAUCUCUCCUGCUCAGAACGCUGAAGCUCUGGAGAUCCGCUGGUACCGUCACGAUCAGUUCAACAACCCUGUUCUGCUCUAUAAUCAUGGGAAGAUCCAGGUUGUCCAGGAAGAAUCAUACAGGAACCGAAGCUCUUUGACUCUGCGGUCAGAUCAGUCUGGUGGACUGAAUGAGGGAGACGUCUCUCUACAUCUGGAGAAACUCACACUUCAGGAUGAAGGUUCAUUUCGCUGUUAUGUGAGUGGAGACAGAGAAUAUGACAGCAAACAGGUGGCUCUCAAAAUAACUGCUUUAGGAUCCACUCCUGUCCUUGUUCCAAAGUCUCUUGAUGAUGGGCGUGUGAACAUCAGCUGCAGGUCCAGUGGCUGGUAUCCAGAGCCCAGUGUUACGUGGAUGUGUGACGACAGAAGUGUUCACCGUCCUGGUGGAACGUCUCACAUUCUUGGACCAGACGGGAUGUUCCUUGUUCAGAGCUGGAUGGCCGUCUCUUUCUCAGAUGCUCAACAGAUCUCAUGUUCACUGUCCAUCAUUACUGAAGAGUUUAAAGAAAGUAGGAUUGACGUACAGGACAUCAUCUCUCCAGGUCCAUGGAAAGCUCUGUUCUUCACUCUUCUCAUAUUUGCUCUUCUGGGUUUGAUUGGCUUUAUCCUGUACAAAUACAGAGAGAAACUAACAGGGAAGAAACCAGUUGGUCAAAUUGAGACAUACGUAGAUUUUGAAGAUCCGAGGAAACAAGAAGGUGAGAGAGAUGGAAAUAUAGAAGAGCAGAGGAAACAUUCAGGUCUUAAGAUUGUGAGGACAAAACUAUGA